AUGAGUUCCGAGUUUCAGUGUUGUUUGAAACUACAUAGGCUCCAAACAGAUCGUGAAAAAAAGAUCAUGGAAAAAUUCUUAUUUCGAAAAAUACAAUGGGGUUUUAAGAAAUCUAUCUCUCCAAAUAGUGAAAUAUCUGAUGAUGUGACGGAGAUCAAAGAAUACACGAAGUUUGGGUACCCGCAUACUACUCAUUUCAAGUUAUCAUCACAGUUAUCACUUUAUUACUUUAUCACCACGGUUAUCACCUUAUCGCUUUAUCAUCGCAGUUACCAUUUCAUUACACUUCGUGUUAUUGGCACUUUCAGCUGUUGGCGCUAUUAA